AUGUUGUCUCAGCAAAAGCUGUCCAAGCUCUUCAGACCUUGGGAUGUUAGUGAAAACGAUGAAAAAAUGCAUUCGGAAAAUGCGAUAAAUGUCGAAGCAAAAGCAAUAAAAAGAAAACGUUCAACAGAAGAAAAGCGAGAAAAUCGUUUAAGAAAAAUUCGUGGGACUUUCAAGAAUAGCGAUCGAAACGUUCAACAAGAUAGCACUGUGUCGACGACCACCGAAGAUUCCGAAGACAUAAAACCAGACUUGAGCAAUGAAAAUUCUACUAUAACCUAUGAUUCGCCUGUCCAAAGCCUAAGUCAAUGUUGUGACCGCCUCUUGGAACCGACGGAAACGAAGAAAGAGAUUCUAUUUCCAACGAAACACCAAGAAGAAUAUACCACUUAUCCAACGACACCGAACUACCCCGCCAUCAUGCAAGAGUACCUUCCAACAGACAUUGCUAGUUCCCUCGGAAUUCCACCAACUGAUCCCCUUCUCCUCGAAUCCUUAGCUCAAGGUUACGCAAUGGAAUUGGAAUACGCAAGAAUUCUACAGCAGGAAAACGAAGCCAAAGUCUUGAACGCAAGAAAGCAAAGACCUAAGAAGUACAAAUGUCCUCACUGUGAUGUUGGCUUUUCUAACAACGGUCAGUUAAAGGGACACGUUAGGAUUCACACCGGGGAAAGGCCAUUUAAGUGCGAUGAGAAGAAUUGCGGUAAGACCUUUACUAGGAAUGAAGAGUUGACGCGUCAUAAACGAAUUCACUCCGGUGUUAGGCCCUAUCCCUGUCAGACGUGCGGCAAGAAGUUUGGAAGGCGAGACCAUUUGAAGAAGCACACGCGAACGCAUUUCAUCCAAGCUGAGAGAAUGAUGCCCGUUUUUGUGCCACUAUCUGCGGUUCCGCACGUUGGCGGCUUUCCGUAUUUGUACGGAUAUUGA